AGCUGGCUCUAGCAAACCACUGGGUGAGUCACACCUAUGAAAAAAAAUCUGAACAUAAACCAAGAGCCUCUUAUCAGCACCCUCUCCUGGUCUCCAUUCUUUUCAGAAGACCAUGAUUCCAGGGUGCGUUGGGGAUUGCUCAUUAUCCUGGCAUUUCUUUCCUGUGGUUGCCAUCUUCCAGGAUAGAUGAAGUUAUCUGUGCUUUUUCUUUCUGACAGCAGCCCUAACUAUCUGAUUUCAUGUGAAAAAUGGCUAAUGCAGAAGUGAGUGUUCCAGUGGGCGAUGUGGUUGUGGUACCCACUGAAGGAAAUGAAGGGGAGAAUCCUGAAGACACUAAAACCCAAGUGAUCUUGCAGUUACAGCCUGUGCAACAAGGUUUGUUUAUCGAUGGACACUUUUACAACAGGAUUUAUGAAGCUGGGUCGGAGAACAACACAGCAGUUGUAGCUGUAGAAACUCACACGAUCCACAAAAUUGAAGAAGGAAUUGAUGCAAGCACGAUAGAAGCGAAUGAGGACAUGGAGAUUGCUUAUCCUAUAACAUGUGGAGAGAGUAAAGCCAUCCUGCUCUGGAAGAAGUUUGUGUGUCCAGGAAUAAAUGUGAAGUGUGUCAAGUUCAAUGAUCAAUUGAUCAGCCCCAAGCAUUUUGUUCAUCUGGCUGGCAAGUCUACUCUGAAGGACUGGAAGAGAGCCAUUCGUCUGGGUGGAAUCAUGCUCAGGAAAAUGAUGGACUCUGGACAGAUCGACUUUUACCAGCAUGACAAAGUUUGCUCCAAUACCUGCAGAAGUACCAAGUUUGAUCUUCUGAUCAGCAGUGCAAGAGCUCCAGUGCCAGGACAACAGACAAGUGUGGUGCAGACACCCACGUCGGCCGAUGGCAGCAUCACACAGAUUGCCAUCUCAGAGGAGAGCAUGGAAGAGGCAGGGCUGGAAUGGAACUCCGCUCUCACGGCUGCUGUCACAAUGGCCACAGAGGAGGGCGGGAAGAAGGACUCAGAGGAGAUCUCAGAGGACACGUUGAUGUUCUGGAAGGGGAUAGCUGAUGUUGGGUUGAUGGAAGAGGUUGUCUGCAAUAUACAGAAGGAGAUAGAAGAGCUUCUCAGGGGAGUUCAGCAGCGGCUCAUCCAGGCCCCGUUCCAGGUCACAGAUGCUGCUGUUCUCAACAAUGUGGCACAUACCUUUGGUCUAAUGGACACAGUCAAGAGAGUUUUGGACAACAGAAAGAACCAAAUAGAACAGGGAGAAGAGCAGUUUUUCUAUACUCUGACAGACUUGGAACGCCAGUUAGAAGAGCAAAAGAAGCAAGCCCAGGAUCCCAGGCUGAAAUCGCAGACAGUUCAGAAUGUGGUAUUGAUGCCUGUGAGCACUCCUAAGCCUCCCAAAAGACCCCGGCUCCAGCGGCCAGCCUCCACCACUGUCCUGAGCCCUUCUCCUCCUGUCCAACAGCCUCAGUUCACCGUCAUCUCACCUAUCACCAUCACCCCAGUGGGUCAGUCGUUUUCUAUGGGCAAUAUUCCAGUGGCCACCCUCAGCCAGGGCUCCAGUCCUGUGACUGUCCACACCCUGCCUUCUGGCCCCCAGCUCUUCCGCUAUGCCACAGUGGUCUCCUCUGCCAAGAGCAGCUCACCAGAGACAGUGACCAUCCACCCUUCAUCUAGCUUGGCGCUGCUAAGCUCUACCACCAUGCAGGAUGGGAGUACCCUGGGCAAUAUGGCCACCAUGGUGAGCCCUGUGGAGCUGGUGGCCAUGGAGUCUGGCCUGACCUCAGCAAUCCAAGCUGUUGAGAGCACCUCGGAGGAUGGGCAGACCAUCAUUGAAAUUGACCCUGCCCCAGACCCUGAGGCUGAAGACACUGAGGGCAAAGCAGUCAUCUUGGAGACGGAGCUGAGGACUGAGGAGAAGGUGGUAGCUGAGAUGGAGGAACACCAGCAUCAAGUCCACAAUGUGGAGAUUGUGGUCUUAGAGGAUUAACUGGGGGUCUUGGGGCCAGAAGAUAUGUUUUGGUUUGAAAUUUUAAUUGUUUAUUUUUAUCAUUGUCCCACUCAUUUCCACAUAGAACCUUUUUUAAAAAAACAAAAAAACAACAAAAUCUCGUUGUAACUGAAAAUGUUGGGUUCCUCCUAUCCCCUCAUUGACAAAUGGACAAAACAAGCUACCUUUCCAGAA